CGAGGCACGAGGAAUCAAGAGACGUUUCUCUUUGAAUUCAAUCCCGAAUUCCAUCUUCACUCGGAAUUACAACGCCAACAACUUACUCAGUCACUGCUGAAGCUUCAGCACCGAUACGACAAAGCUCUUCGUAGCUGUUUCCGUUUCGCAAACAAAGAAGACCAUUUCACCUUACGACCGUCCCUCAUCGAGAUACCAACGCCCAUGUGCACAGCUUCGUCGCGACUUUUCCGUGCUCGCGGUGCGUGAGUGCGCAAGUGCUUGGAGCCCUCGCGCUGCCAAUGCCACCGAAGCGGAAGAGGUCCGAGAGAGGGUCCGUUGAUUCUGGAGAGAAUCGCCCGUCGCCGCAUCGACCUGGAAAUACUAACCUGGGAGGAGGUCCAGGCCGCGAAGUAGAUAUGCGCGGCGAAGGUGGAAGAGGGAGAGGGAGGGGAAGGGGCAGAGGAGGGAGAGGCGGAGGCAAUUUGUCAAGAAGAGAGUCCACGGAGAGCUUUACUAACACUCCCUCGACGCCAGGGCGUGGGACAGGCGCAAUGUCUCCUCCACCUCGUCCGACUCCGACACCCUCGCAGCAGCAGCAACAACCUCCUGCGCUGGCGCCUACACCGUUCGCAUUCACUCCAGCAAAGUCCGCUACACCCGAACCGAUGAAAGAUCCGAGCCCAUACGACUACUCGCAUGUCACCGACGAGCGCAUUGCGGCAUGGGCAGUCAGUGGCCGCCAGGAGAUUGUCGCCGCUGGUGCACAGUCUCUAGACGAUCUGGAUAUUUUGGAUCUUUCGACGAUCUUCCAAGAGCUUAUACGUUCCGGAAUUGAUGGUAGAUUGAGCCCUGCGGAUGCCGGAAGCUGCGUGAGAGAUAUUGUCCAACCCGACACUGCGCUCGAGAACCAGCAAGACGACAAGGUCGAUGGCGCCUCGCUCUUCCUGGACUCGCUCUCAAUCGUUACAGAUAAUGAGCCAUACCAGCCUCGACUACGCAAGCUUGUGGCUGCCACCGAGAUAUCGACAGUCCUGAUGCGACAGAUGCUCGAUACGCAGCUCCUACAGAACCUCGAGCUCACACGAGACACAUUCUUCAAAGCUGGUAUUCGCCAGGUCACCAAUCUUCUCUACCGACAGGCAAACCAUAACCUUCUUCGCGAGGAGACAGAGGGCUACUCGAAACUAGUCACAGAGCUCUUCACCACCAGCGGCGGCGAACCUCCAACUAGCGAAGUGGUGGAGGAGACAUUUGAGCGGAUAAAGGGUCUGAUUGGGACAUUCGAUCUCGACGCAGGCAGAGUUCUGGAUGUGACUAUGGACGUAUUCGCUGCUGUCCUCAUUAAGCAUUAUCGAUUUUUCAUCAAGCUUCUGAGAGUCAGCUCUUGGUGGCCCCGCGAUAAUAUUCUCCCGGGCGUGGACAUUGAGAAUGCCGACCUUCCAAAAUGGGCUCUCCCAGGAAAUUCUGGAGUGAUCUCUACCGAUAGUGAGAAGAAGGACGACGGACUUGACAAGGAUGCGCGAGAUGAGGCAUUUUGGGUCAGGGCAAGAGAAAUUGGCAUUGAUGCAUUUUACGAACUCGGCGGCAGGCGGCCAGUCGACUCCAAAACAAAAGAACGUAUUGCUGCUAGCAAAUCCAAUGCCGACGAUCAAUCGAAUUCGGAUAGGCAAUGGAUCGAGGCAACAGGUACCCUCCCGCCACUGGGCAACCAGGUUGCUGCACAGUUACUUGGGUUCAAACUACGAUUUUAUACCUCGCCAGCUCGGGAGAUGGAUGAUAUUCUUCCAGCAAAUCUUAUGUACCUCACCGCUCUCUUGAUCAAAACCGGAUUCAUCUCGCUGAGAGACUUGUAUCCGCAUUUAUACCCCCUCGACGAAGAUAUGGAGGCUCUCAGGACGAAGAUAAUGAAGGAAAAUGCCGAAAAGGAGAAGCUCAACCGGCCUGGAGGCGGGGCGAACGCACUCAUGAUGGCUGGUGCGCUGGCCGACGACACUCUUCCUGGCGGUGGAAGGAUGCGAGAUAUUCCUGGCUCGAAAGCCGAUGCUGGUGCUGGUGCCCCCGUUGAAGCAGAGGAAGAUAAAGACAAACUACCAGAACCUGUUGAACAGAAAGUGCUUCUGCUCGUCAACCUCCUUACAAUUGGUGCUAUCCCAGAGGCUUUGUUCCUGCUGGGACGCUUCCCAUGGAUACCUGAGGCGUACCCGGAGGUUCUCGACCGCCUCCAUCGCAUCUUACACCAUUCCGUCGAGAAGGUCUUCCAAUCUACGAAGCCCUCCAAUGCAGAUGAAGUUGUGUUGCCUAUGAAGAAGCUCUCAGAUCAGGAUCAAUCGAGGGUGCCAAAGGGAGACGUACGACGAGUUGAAUCUACUCCCCGCAAAUCUCUUCGUUGGCCAUUCCCAGCGAAAUUUGAUGUCGGCGAUGGCGUUGCUUACAAGUUCUACUGGGACGAAUGGGCGGAUUCGAUACCUGUCUGCCAGACAGUCGACGACAUAUUUACCUUGUGUGGCACGCUUCUCAACUAUUCUGGGGUUCACAUCGGCAGGGACUGUGCAUUACUGUCUAAACUGGCCAGCAUUGGUAAUCAGAGUUUGUCAAAGGAUACAUCGGAGGCAAACCUAGCAAGAUGGCAGGAUCUCCUCAAAAGGCUUCUUGUCCCUGCUCUCAGCCACACAGCGGCCAACACAAAUGUCGUCAACGAAAUAUACGACAUGCUCCGUUAUUACCCAGCCCCUCUCCGCUACAAUAUAUAUGCGGAGUGGUUUGAAGGACAAACAUCCAGGCUUCCUGCCAUGACGACGGUGUUCACGCGCGCAAGACUGGAAACAUUGAGCACUAUGAAACGUAUUAGCAAGACGAAUCUGACUGCCAUGGCUCGCGCACUGGCAAAGACAGCCUAUGCGAACCCUGGAAUCGUUUUCAAGGUUGCAUUGGAUCAAAUUGAAUCCUAUAGCAAUCUUACUGAGGUUGUUGUUGAAUGUGCGAGAUACUUUACCGACUUAGGCUACGAUGUUCUCAUAUGGUCUCUAAUGAGCUCCCUCGGUGGAAAGACCAGGAGCCGCACUCGUGACGACUCCGCUCUACUUACCAGUAGGUGGCUGAUUGCCCUCUCCAACUUCUCUGGAAAGGUCUUCAAGCGAUAUUCAAUUAUGAACCCGGCGCCAAUCCUCCAAUAUGUCAACGACCAGCUAUAUCGAGGCAAUUCAACGGACCUCAUCAUUCUGCAAGAGUUUAUUGCCCAGAUGUCAGGUGUUGUUCCCGACACAGAUUUCACGGACUCUCAACUCCUUGCGAUGACGGGAGGCGAAGUCCUCCGCCGCCAGACAUUAAUCAGCCUUCAAGACAGGCGAUUUGAAUCCGUGAAGACGGCCAAGCGAUUGAUGAAAUCACUCACGGAGACGAGGCUCGCUGGCCAACUACUGAUCUCUAUCGCCCAACACCGACAGGCGGCUAUUUUCUCUGUUCCUGAAGACGAGGCGCACAUCAAAUACCUUUCUACCAUGGUGGAUGAUGCACAGCGAAUCCUAACCCAGUUCAACGAUCUCUUGCGAAGCAAUCUUACUGUCGAAGAAUUCGACAAUCUUGUUCCGGAUACCUGCGAGUUGAUGGUUGAUUUCGGCCUCGACCCAGCUCUUGCCUUUGCCAUUGGUCGACCAAGCUUUGCUUACAAGAUGUCUGGCAUUGGACCGGCCGAACUUCCCAAGGAAAUCACCGAGACCAACGGCGUGCCCGCGGUGAUUGAUAUCGACGGUGAUGUUGGCAUGGACGGUGAUGCUGCAGAUGACGAUGUCGACAUGAUUAAAACUCCCGAGGCGGGAACAACAGACAACGCCGUUGAACCGGCCACCACCGCAGAAGAUCCUUGGUUAGAAGUUCUCGCACCGCUUAUAGAGUCCGUUCGUGUAGCCUUACCCGACAAGCCUUGGGGUCUUCUCAAUCCUGAAUUCUACGUCACGUUCUGGCAGCUUUCUCUCUCCGAUAUCCAAGUUCCUAUGGACAGCUACACAAUCGAAAAUGCGCGACUGACGAAAGAGAUGGCUGAAAUCAUGAAGGAUCGAAGUGAUAUGACCAGGCCUGGCAUGGCUCGCAAGGAAGAAGCAAGAAAGGCCGUUGAAGUCAUCAAGGAAGAAUUGUUGAACGAGUCGAAAGAACAAAUGAGCCAAUUUGGCCGCAACAGAGCCCGCUUGAAUAAGGAGAAGGGGAAAUGGUUCAGCAAUGUCAACAAGAGAUAUGAUGCCUUGAAUGAUACUCUUCUUGAAGAGUGUUUCCUGCCUCGUCUACUUUUAUCGCCUAGCGACGCGGAUUACGCAUUCAAGAUGGUCAAGUUCCUGCACAACAGCUCGACACCUCAUUUCAGAACUCUCGGGUUACUGGCGCGACUGUUCCGGGGAAACCGACUUCGCUCGAUCAUAUUCUCCUGCACCAUUCGUGAAGCCGAGUGUUUUGGUAGAUUCUUGAAGUUGAUACUGGGAGACCUCGCUCGCUGGCACGCGAGCAAGGCCGUGUACGAGAAGGAGGCAUGGGGACCUAACCAAGAUCUUCCCGGCUUCGCGAAGAGCAUACACGAGACUACAUCGAAGCCAGUGGCCCUCCUGGAGUACGAGGAUUUCCGCAGGAUCUUCUUCGGCUGGCACAAGAACUUGAAUACCGCCCUGAAGUCCUGCCUUGGCGGGUCCGAGUGGAUGCAUAUUCGCAACUCCAUCACGGUGUUGAAAUCGGUCGUCGAGCACUUCCCAGCGGUUGACUUUAUGGGCAAGGCGUUCCAAAACGCUCUCAUUACACUUGCCAAGCGUGAGGAGGGGAAGCGUGAGGAUCUGUCUCUUCUGGCUAAUGCGUCUAUGCCGGAAUUGAAGAAGAGGGAAAAGAAGUGGGUUAUGCCGCAAGCGUUUGCGAGCAACCUGGGUGAACUAGCCAAUGGCCAGGCUAAAGCGGCGAAGGGCGGAUCACCACAGAUUGAAGGCAAAUCAACGUUGAAGCCAACAGCCCCGGAGUUCAACCCAUCUCCCAAGAUAUCCAACGAGAAACCCGAACGCAAGCGAAAGGCAGGAGAGGUUGAGGAUGGCGAGGUCGAUGAUGCAAGGGCUGCUAAGGCUGCUGCCACUGGCGUUACUCCUACAAAUGCCAUCGCUUCGGAAGCAAACGCAACCCCCAUCCCAGCAAGAGGUGGUCUUCCAAAAGUCCCCGCUAAGAAUGAACGCCAGACCGGCCCACCGCCACGACCAGAUUUCACACGGGCCCCAGCAAAUCAAGAUAGACCGCCCUCCAGGCCGCCUUCCAACCUUCCUACUCGCCCCGAAGUACCUAUUCCUCACGUUCACCCUGAACGCAACCUUCCGGCGCGCGGCGCGGGCCGCAGAGACGCACACCAGCCAAGGGCAGAGUAUCCUGCUGACAGUUCUCGUUGGCCUCGUGAUGGCCCUGGCCACGAUCGCCGAAGCCUGGACGCCCGAGGUCUUGAAAGGCCAUCCGAUAGGCCUCCCUUUGAUCGCGAUGGUCACAGAGACCGCGUCGAUCCCCUUCGCCGCGGUGCGGAGUUCUUCCCAGGCGAUAGGGACCGAAACAGGCCACCUCUUGACAUUCGAGGUUCAGACCUGAAUGGUCGACCCUCUCGCGAAGAUGUUAUCCCUCCUUCCAGAUCCGCACCUCCCCAAGCCGACCAAAGCUCCGCGCUAGCCGAUCCCGCAGUGAACCCCGCUCGUGCAGCCCUUAUAUCUGCUGGGUCGGAUACUGCGAGAUCUGGCUCUCCACGCGGUUUCAGAGAUGAUCGGAGCCACCCAAGGGCCCAAUCGCCAAGACGAGGUGAUCGCCAUGGUGGCCCAGACAGAGACGUGGACGUCAGGAGAGGAGAUCGCAUCCCUGGAGACCGUGAUGCCAAUCAAGGCCCUUCAUUCCCACCUCGCGAUGUUGAUAGACCCGCUGAGCGGUCCAGAGACGCGUUUCAGCCAACAGCUGCGCCAAAACGCCCUGUAGACUUGGACCAUGGGAGAUUAAAUGCCGCCGGUAGACCUGGAGAGUCGAGCUUUGGCCGACUUAAUCCCUCGUCGCCUCCUUUGCAAGACGUGCCAUCUGGACCAAGAACUUCUUAUGGACGUGGGGGCAGUAAUAGACAAGCCAGUGGCAACAUGUCUCGUUCCGAUACAAGACAGCAAGGACCACCUCGACCGCCAUCGCCUGACAAUACACCGCCUUCUGGGCCAGCUGGAGAUCGCUCGCAAUCUGGCGCAGUCAAGCCAUCUGCUGUACCCGUCCAUCCCGAGCGUAUGCGCCAUCUUGGACAGGACACUCAAGCCAAGAGUACUCAAGCCGCCCCAGCGCCUCCAGCCAAUGUUGUGCCUGAAGGCGUCCACCCAUCUCGUAUGCGCGGCUUUCAGGACACCCCAACCUUCCCUGCAGCUACUCAAUCACCACAGCAAACCGGGAAUGUGCGACAAGAACCAUCUCAGUUGAGCGCCAGUACACCAUCUGGCCCGAGAGGUCAGCAAGCGGGACCUGCGACGCCUACGUCAGCCUCAUCGAAUGUCCCUACUGGACCCUCGUUCCCGCCUGUAGACCGUGCUAGAGGGCCUAUGAGACAACUUGCCGGCAUCAACAGCACACUACAGCAAGCAGGGCAGACGGAAAGGCCAAAAACAUUCGACCGUCCCAAUGACCGCGGUAUCAAUGUCCGCGGCAGAGGCAACGUGUCGUCGUCGUCUGCCAUGCCAGGCUUCCCUGGCUCUGGCCCAUCCACCCCUAGCGGACCCCGUCCUGAUACACGAGACGGCGGCCCAGGGAGGGGAAUGGGCGCACCCGAGCCCUCACCAGGCGACCAAUUCGGCGGCCGCUUCAGCCAAAGCAUGGGUGAGGACCGACCAGACGCCCGCAGUGGCUCCACGCGCGACUCAGGCCGACACGAGCGCUCUGGGCGUAGUAGCCAUCGCACCUCGCGGUCGCACAGUCGGGACCGCAGCCACAAGGAAAAUAUCCCCGGCCCCGAUCCGCGGGCGGAGAUGAUGGGCGACCGACCUGACUUCCGUGGGAGUGGGCGCAGAGACGGCGAGAGGGAGUCGAGUCGACGCGCUUCCGGACGUAGCGGACCCUCGACGCCUGGAGAGGGGAGAGAGCGCGAGAGCAGACGCGACGGAAGGGAUGGUGAUAAGAGAGGCGAUGGGGGAGCAGCGAUGAGAGGGGACCAGGGAUUUAACCGCGGUCCGGGGUAUCAGUCCCAGCCGCAGGGUGGAAAUAUGCCACCGUCCAGCCGCGGCGAGGGCGGACGAUCGCGGGGGUCGAGGAGUAGUAGGGGGGGAGCGGAUGAGAGACGCGAGUCGAGGAGUGGCCGCGAUGAUGGGUCGGGGAGUAUUGGGAAGAGAAGGGGUGAGGAUCGUGGGGGACAGGAUCGCGGACGGGAUAAGAGGGCUAGGCAGGCGUAAGGGCCUGCGGACAGAGAUUGCAUGCUUGCAUUAGGGGAGUUUCUUUUGUGUAUUCAAGUUUGGUGUGGUGGUGAUGUGGUAGGAGGAUAUUGGGGCGAAGAGGCUUUAGAUAUACCGCACAGAUGGAGUGAUGGGGAUGUGUAUUGGUUCUCAGGGAGAAUGGUUGUGUGGCAUCGCGCCGGCGUUUUUAUUUUGAAGGGGGUUGCAUUGAGAGCGUGGAAAGGGGCAUUAAACUCAAUUUGUAUUAUAGGACCUCUAUUUUGAAUGGUAUCUCGAUGAGAUAAGACUUGUUUUAUUAUUUUUAAUCUGCG